CAGAUGUUAGUCGCUAACAUCCUUCCUUCUCUCCUCUCUCCACCCCACCUUCCCUUCUCCCUUCUCCCAGUGCCCCCACCCCAGCUUCCGCCCCAGGCCGCCCACCAGCCCGCUUCCCUCGGCCGAGCCGGCCGGCUGUGCCGCCGCGCUGAGCCGCCAGCGCCGGCAGGAAGAUGGUCGUGGCGCUGCGGUACGUGUGGCCUCUGCUCCUCUGCAGCCCCUGCCUGCUCAUCCAGAUCCCCGAGGAAUUGAUGGAGCCACCUGUCAUCACGGAACAGUCUCCACGGCGUCUGGUCGUCUUCCCCACAGAUGACAUCAGCCUCAAGUGUGAGGCCAGUGGCAAACCCGAAGUGCAGUUCCGCUGGACGAAGGACGGUGUCCACUUCAAACCCAAGGAAGAGCUGGGUGUGACCGUGCACGAGUCACCCCACUCUGGCUCCUUCACCAUCACGGGCAACAACAGUAACUUUGCCCAGAGAUUCCAGGGCAUCUAUCGCUGCUUUGCCAGCAAUAAUCUGGGCACUGCCAUGUCCCACGAGAUCCAGCUCAUGGCCGAGGGUGCCCCCAAGUGGCCAAAGGAGACAGUGAAACCUGUCGAGGUGGAGGAAGGGGAGUCUGUGAUCCUGCCUUGCCACCCGCCACCCAGCGCAGAGCCGCUUCGGAUCUACUGGAUGAACAGCAAGAUCUUGCACAUCAAACAGGAUGAGCGGGUGACGAUGGGCCAGAACGGCAACCUGUACUUCGCCAACGUGCUCACCUCGGACAACCACUCGGACUACAUCUGCCACGCCCAUUUCCCAGGCACGCGCACCAUCAUUCAGAAGGAGCCCAUCGACCUCCGGGUCAAGGCCACCAACAGCAUGAUUGACAGGAAGCCACGCCUGCUCUUCCCCACCAACUCCAGCAGCCACCUGGUGGCCUUGCAGGGCCAGCCUUUAGUCCUGGAGUGCAUUGCCGAGGGCUUCCCCACACCCACCAUCCAGUGGCUGCGCCCCAGUGGCCCCAUGCCGGCCGACCGCGUCACCUACCAGAACCACAACAAGACCCUGCAACUGCUGAACGUGGGCGAGGAGGAUGACGGCGAGUACCGCUGCCUGGCCGAGAAUUCGCUGGGCAGUGCCCGGCACGCCUACUAUGUCACUGUGGAGGCCGCCCCGUACUGGCUGCGCCAGCCCCAGAGCCACCUGUACGGACCAGGAGAGACUGCCCGCCUGGAAUGCCAAGUCCAGGGCAGGCCGCAACCAGAGGUCACCUGGAGAAUCAACGGGAUCCCCGUGGAGGAGCUGGCCAAGGACCAGAAGUACCAGAUCCAGCGUGGCGCCCUGAUCCUGAGCAACGUGCAGCCCAGCGACACGAUGGUGACCCAGUGCGAGGCCCGCAACCGGCAUGGGCUCCUGUUGGCUAAUGCCUACAUCUACGUCGUCCAGCUGCCGGCCAAGAUCCUGACUAGCGACAAUCAGACAUACAUGGCUGUCGAGGGCAGCACCGCCUACCUUCUGUGCAAGGCCUUCGGAGCCCCUGUGCCCAGUGUCCAGUGGCUGGACGAGGAGGGGAUGACAGUGCUUCAGGACGAGCGCUUCUUCCCCUAUGCCAACGGGACCCUUGGCAUCCGAGACCUCCAGGCCAAUGACACAGGACGCUACUUCUGCCAGGCUGCCAAUGACCAAAACAAUGUGACCAUCGUGGCUAACCUGCAGGUUAAAGAUGCAACUCAGAUCACGCAGGGGCCCCGGAGCGCAAUCGAGAAGAAAGGCUCGAGGGUGACAUUCACGUGCCAGGCCUCCUUUGACCCCUCCUUGCAGCGCAGCAUCACCUGGCGUGGGGAUGGUCGAGACCUCCAGGAGCUUGGGGACAGUGACAAGUACUUCAUAGAGGACGGGCACCUGGUCAUCCGCAGCCUGGACUACAGCGACCAGGGCAACUACAGCUGCGUGGCCAGCACCGAGCUGGACGUGGUGGAGAGCAGGGCGCAGCUCCUGGUGGUGGGGAGCCCUGGGCCGGUGCCCCAGCUGGAGCUGUCUGACCUCCACCUGCUGAAGCAGAGCCAGGUGCGCCUGUCCUGGAGCCCCGCUGAAGACCACAAUGCUCCCAUCGAGAAGUAUGACAUUGAAUUUGAGGACAAGGAAAUGGCACCCGAGAAAUGGUACAGUCUGGGCAAGGUGCCAGGGAACCAGACCUCUACCACCCUCAAGCUGUCGCCCUAUGUCCACUACACCUUUAGGGUUACUGCCAUCAACAAAUACGGCCCCGGGGAGCCCAGCCCGGCCUCCGAGACUGUGGUCACGCCUGAGGCAGCCCCAGAGAAGAACCCUGUGGACGUGAAGGGGGAAGGGAAUGAGACCAACAAUAUGGUCAUCACGUGGAAGCCGCUCCGGUGGAUGGACUGGAAUGCCCCCCAGGUUCAGUACCGUGUGCAGUGGCGCCCUCAGGGGACACGGGGGACCUGGCAGGAGCAGAUUGUGAGUGACCCGUUCCUGGUGGUGUCCAACACGUCCACCUUUGUGCCCUAUGAAAUCAAAGUCCAGGCCGUCAACAGCCAGGGCAAAGGCCCUGAGCCCCAGGUCACCAUCGGCUACUCCGGGGAGGACUACCCACAGGUGAGCCCCGAGGUGGAAGGCGUCCAGAUCCUCAACUCGAGCACCGUGCUGGUCAGGUGGUGGCCUGUGGACCUGGCCCAGGUCAAGGGCCACCUCCGGGGAUACAAUGUGACGUACUGGUGGAAGGGCAGUCAGAGGAAGCACAGCAAGAGGCACGUCCACAAGGGCCACGUGGUGGUGCCUGCCAACACCACCAGCGUCAUCCUUGGGGGCCUGCGGCCCUACAGCUUCUACCACCUGGAGGUGCAGGCCUUCAACGGGCGAGGACUGGGGCCUGCCAGCGACUUCCCGUUCAGCACCCCAGAGGGAGUGCCCGGCCACCCUGAGGCGUUGCAUCUGGAGUGCCAGUCUGACACCAGCCUGCUGCUGCACUGGCAGCCGCCACUCAGCCACAACGGCGUGCUCACCGGCUACGUGCUCUCCUACCACCCUUUGGAUGAGGCGGGCAAGGAGCAGCUGUCCUUUGACCUUCCGGACCCUGAGCUUCGAACACACAACCUGACCAACCUCAGCCCGAACCUGCGGUACCGCUUCCAGCUUCAGGCCACCACAAAGAAGGGCCCUGGCGAGGCCAUUGUGCGGGAAGGAGGCACCAUGGCCUUGUCUGGGACCCCAGAUUUCGGCAACAUCUCUGCCAUGGCGGGCGAAAACUACAGCGUCGUCUCCUGGGUUCCCAAGGAGGGCCAGUGCAACUUCCGGUUCCACAUCCGGUUCAAAGCCCUGGGAGAGGAGAAGGGGGGCGCCUACCUGGCGCAGUACGUCAGCUACAACCAGAGCUCCUACACGCAGUGGGACCUGCAGCCCGACACCGACUACGAGAUCCACCUGCUGAGGGAGCGGGAGCUGCUGCACAGGAUGGUCGUGAAGACCAACGGUACCGGCCGCGUGCGCCUCCCUGCCGCGGGCUUCGCCACCGAGGGCUGGUUCAUCGGCUUCGUCAGCGCCGUGGUCCUGCUGCUGCUCAUCCUGCUCAUCUUCUGCUUCAUCAAGCGCAGCAAGGGGGGCAAGUACUCAGUGAAGGACAAGGAGGACACCCAGGUGGACUCCGAGGCCCGACCCAUGAAAGACGAGACGUUUGGCGAGUACAGGUCCCUGGAGAGUGACAACGAGGAGAAGGCCUUUGGCAGCAGCCAGCCAUCACUCAACGGAGACAUCAAGCCCCUGGGCAGUGACGACAGCCUGGCUGAUUAUGGGGGCAGCGUGGAUGUACAGUUCAACGAGGACGGCUCUUUCAUUGGCCAGUACAGCGGCAAGAAGGAGAAGGAGGCGGCAGGGGGCAACGAUAGCUCAGGGGCCACCUCCCCCAUCAACCCUGCUGUGACCCUAGAAUAGUGGAGUCCAGCUAGGCAAGGCGGGGCCUGUGCUGUGCCCGUGACCUUGGGGUUGAGGCCCCUCCCUCUCUCCAGCAGGCCCGUGGGAAGCCUGAGUUGGGGCAGAGGACAGGCCCCUUCUUGCCACCUGGUCCCCACUUUAUUGCCAAAAUCCAGCUGCACCCCUUCCUGGGCACACGCUGCUUUGCUCCAGCUCAGGGGCAGAUCACCUACGUGUCAGGGGCCUUUGGGUGCUGCCUUGCCAGCCUGUUUGGGCAGACGGGCCAUGGUUUCGGGGAGCAGAAGUGAGGUGGCCCCGGAACGAUCUCCAUGACGCUGUCCUCCUCGCUCUCUGCCUGGGGCAGACAUGGUGGGGUCUCCCCAGGACCAGGGUUGGCACCUUUCCCGACCCUCAGCCACUCCCUGGCCAGCCUGGCUGGGACUGCGGACGGAACUCGGUGUCCCUGCCAUCUGCUCCCUUUUCUUUGCCAUCUCUGCUCCAACCAGGAAGAGGGCUGAGCAAGCUGGCCACGAGUGCUGGGGAGGCCAUCUGCAGAGCCCAGAGUCCCCGCCCCCAAAUCACACUAGGUCACCACCCUCCUCCCGCCGCCCGCCCCACCCCGCGGCUGGCUGUCAGGAGCUCCAUACACACGCUGCCUUCAGUACCCACCACGCAACAUCCAAGUGGCCUCUGUCACUGCCGGGGUGCAGGGUGGGCACACCUCCUCCCACUGCCCACCGGCCAGCCCCUCCCAGCUGCCGCCACCCCCCAGGACCCUUAGCAGCCCUGCCCACCAUGCCCUGUUGUCUGAACAGUUUUAUUCCUCAGCCUCCUCCCGAACCCCACCUUGGGAAUGUAAAUACACCGUGACUUUGAGAGUUUGUACCCUCGCCCUGACCCCAUAUGCCACUAGUGUGUAGGCAGAUGUCUGAGUCUCUAGGUGGUUUCUAGGUUUUAUAGCAAUUAGCUUUGAUGAACCCAUCCCCAGAAAAAUAAAAACAGACAAAAAAAAAGGAAACCUUGGUCCCCCCAGCGCUGCUGCGCCCCGCCCAGCAGUUCGGGCUCCCCAUAUGCCUUUGCUUGGUCUGUCAAUGAGCCCUCUUCAAAAAACAAAAGUAUAUAUAUAUAUGUACAUAAAUAUCAGAAUUAUAACAGGUAAAUAAAACCUGGAAAUGAA